CUUAUAAGUUUAGUCCAAGGGUUCACAGCACAUAGUAUACGCUGACUGUAACGUGAGCACCAUGUGGCGCUACAAAUGUAACACUAUACUGUUAUUGAGUUUUGUUUUCAACUAUGGCACAGCAAUGUCCAGGAUUGACCCUUUGGUUGAUACAAACGUCGGCAUGAUUCGUGGUCUCAGAGCCACUGACGGCGACUACGCCAUGUUCAUGGGUAUUCCAUACGCAACUGUUGAUGAAGCCAACCCGUUCGGUCUUUCAAAACCCUAUCCUAGAUUCAAUGAAGCUUUUGAUGCUUACAAUGAUACCGCUAUGUGCCCUCAUCUUGAUGAUCUUACCAAAGAAGUAAUUGGAUCAUUAGACUGCCUCCAUCUGAAUGUUUACGUUCCUAAUAAAGCGAAUUCUAACAACCGAUUACCUGUACUAGUUUGGAUUCAUGGCGGAUCACUUAAAAUCGGAUACUCAGGCAGAUAUUUGUAUGGACCUCGCUUCUUAGUUAAACAAGACAUAAUCUUAGUUACACUUAAUUACCGUGUCGGCCCCUACGGGUUCAUGUGUCUUGACGUGCCUGAAGUUCCCGGAAAUCAAGGUUUAAAAGACCAGCAGUUGGCUUUGAAGUGGAUUAAGGACAAUAUUGCAGCAUUUGGAGCGAACCCCGACCGAAUAACAAUAUUCGGGGAGAGUGCAGGUAGUAAAUCAGUAGACUUUCAAUUAAUGUACAGUCAAGAAAAGUUGUUCCACCAAGUUAUAAUGCAAAGUGGUACCGCCAUGGCUACGUCGUUAGUAAAAUAUCCAGACCCCUCAGUACCUCUAAAAUUAUCGGAACAACUCGGUUUUAAAACGACACAUACCAAAGAAGCGUUGUCAUUUUUGGCAUCAAUCGAUACCAAAUUAGUUAUUGUGGCUGCUGAAGAACUUAAACUAAAAUAUAAUCCCUGCGUGGAAAAUUAUUUCGAAAACGUUGAAAGGUUUAUUCCUGAUUUCCCCAUCAACAUAAAGAAGCCAAAUCUCGGAAACUUGCCUACUCUCCUGGGAGCCAACAAAGAUGAAGGUUUAGUAGAAUUCGAAACUAGGACUGCCGAAAAGAUUUCACAGGACUAUGACAUGUUUUUAAACUAUUUAAAUGAUAAUUUUAAUUUAAACACUGAAGAGCUUCAUGAAAUGGAACAAAUAGUAAGGAAUUUCUACAUAGGAGAUGAAAUAAUUAGCAAAGACGUUAUAGGAGGGCUAAUUCAAAUAUAUUCGGAUUUGAUGUACAUUUAUCCUACGGCAAGAACUUAUCGAAAAUAUCUUGACAAUGGUCUAAAAAAUAUAUAUCUCUACAUGUUUUCCUACGAUGGUGGCAGAAACUACGUGAAAGAUAAAUUCAAUGUAACCGCUGCUGGAGCUGCACAUGCUGAUGAAAUUGGUUAUUUAUUUGAUAUUUCUUACAUGGACAAAAGCCCCGCUCCUGAAGACCAACUUGUAAUCGACCGCAUGACGACGUUAUGGGCUAACUUUGUUAAGUUCGGGAACCCAACUCCGCAGACGACCGAUAUCUUACCUGUGCUGUGGCCAGCAGCCACCAAAAACGAACAAUACUAUUUGGAUAUUGACGCGGACCUGACAGUUGGGAAGAGAUAUUUCAACUCCAGAGUAGCUUUCUGGGAUCUGUUUUACAAAUUAAAUGAAAAAGCUCAAAUUGGAUACAAAGAUAGCUCCAAUUAAUUAAAUUCAUGUUUCAAAAUAAACUACUUUAUUAUUUUGCUAUAACUUAUUCUCAAAAACUCUACUUCUACUCUUCUCAAAUUAUCUAGAGUCAAAAUCAAAAGUUUGUAUUUUAAGGAGAGCAUUUUCAAAAUAAAUUGUGCGGUUGGAGAGGAUAACCGGCAAGAAAAUCCAUAGUAUAUUAUUUUGAUG